AUGGAUAUGAAUGAAAAUAAAGUACGCAAGAAACGUCAUAGAAUUACUGUAGUUUGUACAAAUUGUAAAAAGAGAAAGAGUAAAUGUGACAGGGGAAAACCAUGUAGCAAUUGUACUCGUAUAGGUAUUGAGAACAGUUGUUUAUAUAUUAAAGAUACUCCAUCUCUACCAAUUGAUUCAAUUGGAUCUGUGGCUGACUUAACAGCGUCUGAAUUACAGAUACCUAAUUUUAUUCCUAUACAUCCAAGCUAUAAUAAAGAAUAUGUUAAUUACAUCCCUAAUGGCAGAUUCUUUGAAAUCAAAAGAUCAGCGUAUACCAUGUUUCCUAUUUUCACUGACGCAUGUAUUGAGCAUCGAGAUGCCGUAAUUAAGGCAUUCACCACUUUCAGAACUAUUGUUGUGAAAAAGACAAUAGACCAUUAUAGGAAAACAGGCAUUGAUAUUGAAAGAAUUGCAUUGGCAGGAUCACAAGGAUUACCGAAAUCUUUUUUACCAUUGACAGUAUUUGAUGAAGAAAGUAGUAAAAAUUUAGUUUUAGAACAGCAAGAACCACAACAGAGUUACCAGAUACAUUCCUUAUUAGCAGAGAAAUUUAGUCACUACAGGAAAAAUGCUAAUUUAAAACUUGGGGAUGAUUCCACAACAGUUUAUCACAAUUUAAUUAUAAAAAGUUUGCCUGAUCUUGGGCUUUUAAUGGAUACGAUAAUACCAUACUAUGAACAGUUUAUCGAACCAUUGGUACCGAUAAUCGAAUUUAAGGAUUUUAAUGUUGAGAUACAGAAGCUAUAUGCAAAAAUUGAAUUAUCAAAUUCCCUUGAUCCUAAAAUCGGUGAAAACACAUUAGCAUGCAUUAUUCUUCUAAUAUGCCGAUUAUGCCACUUAUCUUCCAAAUUUGCUGUAGAGAAAUCUAUUAAUAGUAGUAAUUACGAAUCAAUAUUAAAUAUGGAUACCAACAUAUUUGUGAGUUUAGUCCAACGUACAGCCACUGGAGAAAAACCACUUCGAAAGGGAACUCUAUAUGAAUUGCAAUUGUUAAUAAUGCUUCGAUUAUGCUAUUGGGUUGGACCUGAUGAUGGCGAUGGACAACAAGUAGAGCAAAGUGAAAUUCUGCAUGGUGCUAUUGUUUCCAUGUGUAAACAUAUGGGUGUGUGGUGGGAUUUGGUUAAGUACUCCGAAGAUUCCGAUUUAUUCAUUACGGUUGACUACAAAGCAGUACCUAAAUUAGGGAGUCAAAGUGAAUAUAUUAAAUUGUUUAGAAAAAUAUGGUGCUAUGUAUUAUGUUGGGACCGUAAAAUGAUGUUAUUGACUGGGCAAGAGUGUGAGAUUGGAAGAUCUUAUAAAAUGUCGCCAGCUCCUCGAUUUGGCAACGGCUGGUGCGAUGAUAUAUUACAAUAUGAUUAUCUACUAUAUGGGAUCAAUAAUGAACUACAUGACGACGCUCGAAAAGUAGAUAUAAGCAUGUUAGAGGAAUUGGUUGAGAUGUCAGAAAUGAGGAUGGGGGUCUUGAAGGAAGACGAUUUUUCGUCGAAUAUUUAUAGAGAGCAAAAAUUAAGUUUAAUGUUGAUGAAAUUAAACAUUAUUCAUGGACAAUUAUCAUGGUAUGAACGUACUGGAGACAAGCAGUCGCAAGAGACAGCGUAUGCGAAAUUGUUUACAUUGACAGUAGAAUUGGGCUCCAAAUGUGUGGAAUACUUCAGCACACCUGGUAUACCUGAGCAAAGAUUUUAUAUGAAUAAAAUAUAUGAAGUUAUCUUGAACAGAUUAAACAAUGUUAUUGUACCUGGACUCAUAUUAAGGAUACGUUACGAGGAAGAGACAGGUUUAGAUGGUAUGGUCAAAUAUCUAUACGGUAUGAGCAGCAUGUAUUUCAAUGAGAUUGGUAAAGAAUAUUAUCGAACGUUCAAGAAAAUGUUUCAUGGCAAGAUCAAUUAUAAAAUAUUAGAGAAUGGACACCGAUGCAUGGACAUGAUCAUAAAGUUUUUGCAAAGAGAGAUGCAAAACAACAAUGACACAGCAGUUAGCAAAGGAGACAGUAUGAAAUUGAGUGAUCGAUUGCCAUUGGUUGCAUGGGAUAGCAAUAGCACUAAUGAUAUGUUUGAGCCCAUCCACACUGUACCUCGAGGGCCCGAAAUAGCCGCCCUGAUAUUAGAAAUGGUGAACGUGUCGGACAGAUACCAUUAUAACAACAAUGUGUUUCAGACAGUUUACAAAGAGGCUCGGCUCGUAAUUGAUGAGACGACGACGACGUCGCAACAAGAUUCGUUGGCGUCAGCAGGGACGAAUAGGACUAAUAAUAUAGCCACUAAUAGUGGUAGUGGUGAUGAUGGUGGUAAUGGUAGUGACGACUCGUAUUUGAUGAGACUCAUACAGGAACUGUUUGAUCCAUUAGAUUUUGCAUCUGCAUUUUAA